AUGCUAGAACACGAUAGUAUCGACAUCCUAGGGAGUACCCCCUUUCUGUACAAGUUGUACACGCAACUGUGUAUCAUCUUCGCUGUCUCCGAGCCAUCAUCCGCUAUCACCGACACCCUCCGAGAUGGACUUGAUAGACUCGCCGAAGGGUUUCCAUGGCUUGCUGCAACGGUCAUUAACGAGGGCGCAAGUGAAGGAGUCACAGGUACUUACCGAAUUGUACCUUCAAAUGACAAGAUCCCGUUGAUCAUCAAAGACCUUCGUGAUGAUGUCUCCGCCCCGACCAUGGAGAGUCUUCGACAGUCAAAUUACCCCUUCACCAUGCUUGAUGAGAAGUUAAUUGCUCCAUGCCUGACUCUCAAUCUCCCGGGUAAUACGAUUGGACUGGCUGCAACUUCUGCGCCUAUUUUUGCAGUGCAAGCGACCUUCAUUACCGGUGGUCUCUUGCUCACGGUGGUUGGCCAGCACAAUGUCAUGGACAUGACGGGGCAAGGGCACAUUAUCGACCUGCUAUCCAAGGCUUGUCAUAAUCAGCCGUUCAUAGCCGAGGAGCUUUCCAUUGGCAACAUGGACAGGAGCAAGACUAUUGCGCUUCUGGAUGAUCCCUUUGACCCUGCCGUGGAACUCAAGCAUCAGAUGGUGAGGACUCCUCCACCUGGGAAGGAAGCGGGCAAGACCAAUACUCCACCUUCGUCUACCUGGGCCUAUGUGACCUUCUCAGCAGCGUCACUGGAGGCUCUCAAAUCACAAGCAACUCAGACUAAAGACACUUCGACGCCUUUUGUCUCGACUGACGAUGCGGUGUGCGCAUUUAUCUGGAAAUGUACAGCUCGGGCCCGUCUACAGCGUCUCGACCCGGGGAUGGAGUCUGCCUUCGCUAGAGCAGUGGAUGUCCGCCAACGUAUGGGAAUUCCUAGCACAUACCCGGGGAUGUUCCAGAAUAUGGCAUACAACAAAGACAUUCUACAACAUCUUGCAGACCAACCUAUCGGAGCAAUUGCAUCUCAGCUUCGCCGAAAGCUGGAUCCCAAGGUCGUUGACUUGGCCUACAACACCCGAGCUCUCGCUACAUUCCAAGCCAGAUCGGUAGAUAAGACGAAGACUUCUGCUACUGCAUGCGUGGAUACUUCAUCGGGUAUUAUGCUGAGCUCCUGGGCGAAGAUCAAUACCUUUGAGCUGGACUUUAAUCUGGGACUUGGCAGGCCGGAGGCUGUGCGUCGGCCAGCUUUUGUCCCGUUCGAGUCUCUGAUGUAUGUAAUGCCCAAGUCGCCGAAUGGGGAGAUACCCGUUGGAAUUUGUCUGAGAGAUGAAGAUUGGAAAUCGCUGAAGGCUGACGAGGAGUGGGCGAAGUAUGCCACUUAUGUAGGUUAG